CUCUGGCACGAAAUGCCAGAGUUCAACUUUUCCUAUACGGUUACUCCCAAUGAUACCAAGACAGACACAGCACCUCCGAAGUGCUGGCUUGCCCUCCUAACCCUUAUGGUCAUUGUGCCUACAAUUGGAGGCAACAUCUUGGUGAUUUUGGCAAUAUCGCUAGAGAAGAAACUACAGAAUGCUACUAACUACUUUCUUAUGUCACUGGCUGUGGCCGAUCUACUGGUUGGAAUAUUUGUGAUGCCAAUCGCACUCCUCACCAUUAUGUUCAAACCCGUCUGGCCACUGCCAAAAUGCUUAUGUGCAAUCUGGCUUUUUUUGGAUGUCCUGUUUUCCACAGCAUCUAUUAUACACCUUUGUGCCAUAUCCUUAGAUCGCUACAUUGCCAUCAAGAGACCCAUCCAAGCCAGUCAGUUCAACACCAGAGCCAAAACGCUCAUUAAGAUUGCAGUGGUAUGGCUGAUAUCAGCAGGCAUCGCUCUUCCCAUACCGAUCCAAGGAGUCCUAGACCAAAAAACGAUCUUCAGCCCAAACGACACCUGUGUGGUUCGGACAGAGUUCUUCAAGGACUUUAUUAUUUACGGCUCCAUGGCUGCAUUUUUUGUCCCCUUUGGGAUUAUGGUGGUCAUUUACUUCCUGACUAUUCAUUUACUAAGGAAAAAGGCAUAUCUCAUCAAGAACAAGCCUCCUCAGCGCCUCACCUGGUCUACAGUUUCAACAGUCUUCCAGAGGGACAUGUCUCCUGGAUCCUCUCCAGAGAAAGUUGCCAUGCUAGGUGGCCAAAGAAGAGAUCGGGCAUUGCAGAUAAACAGUGACGAAAUGCCGAUUCGAAGGCUUUCCAGUGUUGGCAAGAAGUCAAUGCAGACCAUCACUAAUGAGCAAAGGGCUUCCAAAGUCUUAGGGAUAGUCUUUUUCCUCUUUGUUUUUAUGUGGUGCCCCUUUUUUAUUACCAACGUGGCUUCAGUUCUCUGCGAUCCAAGUGACUGUGAUCCUGAAGUAAUCGAGAUGUUAAUGGAAAUCUUUGUGUGGGUUGGGUAUGUCUCAUCUGGGGUGAAUCCAUUAGUCUAUACGCUAUUUAACAAAACCUUCAGAGAGGCCUUUGGGCGCUACAUCACCUGCAAUUUUCGGGGUAUGCGGCCAGUGGGCAUCCUUCGAAACUGCUCCAGUCGGAUAUCAUUUCGGAACUCAAUGGCCGAAAAUUCAAAGCUGAUCAUGAAACAUGGUAUGAAAAAUGGGAUUAACCCAGCCAUGUACCAGAGCCCGCUGAGGCUGCGGAACUCUCAGCUUGAGUCAUCGGCUAUCCUGCUCGACACCUUAUUACUCACUGAAAACGAAGCUGGAAAGACUGAAGAGCAAGUGAGCUACGUAUAAAGCAAACGCGAUGCUUAAUCCGAUAUUUCGUAAUCUAUUUAUAAAAUGGAGGAAAAUGUUAUCCAUGGAGUUCGUACCUCACUUUGGUUUCACACUGCACUGGAAGUUUUAGCGUCAUUAUGACAGUGCCUGUGUGGUCAUAUUUAUAGAAAACAGUAAAAAGCCCCUUGAGAAAAGCCCAAAAAAGGGACAUUAACACUCUCAAAACUGUUUUCAGCUGGCAACACUGGGAUCUACGUCUGAACAGCACUUGCAAAAGUUAUAAAUGGCAAUUGGUUGAAAUCUUAUUCUCAUAAAAGUACUCUGGAAAGCUGUGAGUUCAAUUACAUUCCAGUAUCACUUUACACAAAACGUCUGGUGAGAGCGCAGAACAUUAGCCACUACCUGUAAACCAUCUGACAUAGACAAUCUGCUGUAUUUUUAUUUUAUUUUUUUCAUACGGUCUCCAAAAUACACACAGUGACAAAAAUGGUAGGAUUAGUAUGACGGCAGUUGUCAGGCAAAACCAACUACAGAACCACAACUUCUGCAAUAAAAAUGAGUGUGACUUUAUACAGGGUAAAACGUCUAUAAAGUGCCCAUGUUUCAUGCAGGUGACUGCUUGUGACCACAGUGGUGGCUAUGAAAAAACAAAUGUUCUUUUUCGGA